GAAGUAUGUUACCAAUGUUACCAAUAUCUAAUAUGUGGUCAUCGUUUACUAGAUGGUCUUCGUUUAUGCCUGAGCGAUCUUUAAGAUUCCAAUGUUAAUAGUUAAGCAGAGUAAGCGACGAAAAUAACAUUAUAUUUAUAAAAUACUGGCAUGAUAUCAACAUAACUAUAAUACCAGUUACGAAAAGGUAUAAAAAGCAUACCCAAGCUACCCUGUCAAAUCGAAAACAGGCGCCAAAACAUGCGGUUUCUCGCAGCGGAUUGCUACGAAAAAAUUCGGUUCGAGUUUUGGGAAUGGAUAUGAUGGAGGAGAAGGAGCAGGACCCGGAUUUUGAAUUUGGAGAUGGAGAUGGAAAUGGGACUGGGACUUUGACUGUGCGACGGCCACAUGCGCCGAUGCCGCCGAUGGAUGUUGCAUGUUGCAGCGGUCGGUGCAGCGAAAGUGUUGCAGCUGUGGUAGAGAGUCUAUUUUUGGGGCGAUUGUGCGGCGCUGAUGCUGCCACAUGUGUUGUGUGCUGCGCUGCUAAAAGGCAUUGUAAUGAGAGCAGAAAAUAGAACCGACUCCACUUGAGCAAUGUCCCAUAAAGCGGGCUGCAGUUGGAGUCGAAAUCGGAGUUUCGAGUUUGGCGCGCAAUGUGCGGCACCAGCGAUCUGAAGGCGGAAAAACGAAAACGGCAACCAGUAACACAUGGGCCCACGAGUUAUGUUUUAUUUUUAAUCUUUCGGAGAGUCGGUCUCCAAACAAACCGGAGAGGGCACAUAUAAACCCGUGAUAGGCGAGCGGUUCGGGACAGUCUUUGGCCGCCGCUCGACGCGCUCGAAUAUCGGGGAUACACAUAUACGUCGGUGAUAUUGCAGGACCCACUACAGAGCCACCAACCUCGAUGGGCGUCAUCUACAAGAUACUGAAGCAGCAACGCAGCAUGGAUCUCAGCCUGAGCUCGGCCACCCGGUGCAAGGUGCAGGCGGCCAUCAAGCAGCGCCAGCAGCAGCGCCGCCUGGAGGAUCACCUGGUGCGGGAGCAGGAGCAGGAGCAGGACCAGGACCCAGAUCCGGAUCACAUCGCGAAGGACAAGGAGGAGCUGGCCGAGCAGCAGCUGCAGCAGCUCUGCCGAUUCCUGGCCGAGAAUGCGGCACGAAAGAAGCGCCAACGUUUCAAACUGCAAUACCAGUGCGAUCUGGCUGCAGAUCGGGAUCAGGACCAGGAUCAGGAGCCGGAGAAGGAGCACUUUCCACCGCCGCCCCACGAGAUGGACCUGGAGUUCAUCGAGCAGCUGCAUCAUCAAUCCUCGUCUGCCACAUCCACGAGUUCAGCUGGGCCGGCACCACGUGAUAGCAUCCUGCAGAAGAUUCGCCACCAGAUCUUCGAGAGAAAGCGGCAGAGGCAGCGCCAGCUGGCGGAGCUGGUGCAGCAGCGACUGGUGGUGUGGCGACCGUGGUAGGGGACCUCCCAGAGGACGGAGAGAGAUCCGGGAACUGAGACUAGUCUAAGGGUUAGCUGUAAGGAUGCAUUCGGUAUUAUUCCUGCUGCUGUGUGAUGAUCGCGCUGCUCUUCCAUUUUCCCACGCCUCUGCAAACCAACUUUUUUUUUUGCUGUUAACUAUAGUUUACUAAUAAAGAUUUUU